AUGACCCUCAUAAGCCUGCAUGGUAAUGAUACCGAAUCAUCUGCUCUUAAUUCCAUCCCGCACGCCAGACGACAGGUCGUGUACCAGGGCAGCCUUGCAUCAGUUAUAGCUAAGAUCGACGCCCACAAGUCGACAGUGACAGAAAUGAGAGAGGAUCAAACACCCCGCAUAGUUACCAUCACCGGAAGGGCCAUCCACCUAUCUGUACCGGAGAAUCUCGAUCCAUGUGCCUUGGAUGUGGCCGACCUAUUGGUGGAGGACGUGACCACUCUGCAACUAUGCGGGCUCGCCGCGCAGUCGCCGAUGUCGAGUCCUGAUUUCAUUGUACUUGCCAUGUCCCGUAUGAUCCUCCACGACCAGUUCUGGGGUACUCUUGCCAGCACGUUGAGCCUUCUCGAACAGAGAUAUUCGGUCACUCAGCGGCCGGCCUCGCUGAGUGGUCCGGAGCAAUACGGAGAACGAUCCUCCUUGCCCCCCAUGCCAUGCAAAACCACAGUGGAUUGUGAUACCUUCGCCGACCUUCCGGUGACCCACCGGUUGGACAGGCAAUUGGAAGCUAAUACCGAAAUACCCUCUUCAGGUCCGGACAGCCCUCACCUGGCUCAAUCUGGCUUAGAAGACAAAACGUUUUAUGGGCAAAGCCAGAGUACAGGCCCUCCAGGUUGCAACCAUCAUCUCCUGAAUUAUUGGGGAAUUUUCGAAAGGAAACCAGGACUCAGCCGAUCCGCCUGCAUUGGUAGUCUAGAUAAUAGUUAA